UCAUACAGACCUCGGUCCGUUAGAUGGCAGUAAUGCACAGCAUAAGCCUGCUGUCGAUGAAAGGUAGCCCGAAGAAGAAAAAGGACCAAUCCACGUCUAUUUUGAAAGUCGCAAUAUCAGGAAGUCGAACUCAUAAACAAACUACACGCAGUACAGAUAGAAGCUUGAAGUUCAAGGUUGACGGGUCGGGAUAGUGAAUUUGGUCUUGAUUUUUAGCCAUUUAUAAAAAGAAAUGACUGCUAUUCUCCCCCGCAUCGAGCAGCUGUCAUCGCGGGUGGUGCGAAUCCUUGGGUGCAACCCUGGUCCGAUGACGUUACAGGGCACCAACACAUACCUAGUGGGCACGGGUAAACGGCGGGUGUUGAUCGACGCGGGGGAGCCGUCGGUGCCGGAGUACAUCAGUACCCUGCAGCAGGCCCUAAGGGAGCACAACGCCACCUUACAGGAGAUCAUCAUCACACACUGGCACCGCGACCACACCGGGGGGGUACCCGACAUCGCAGCCAGCCUACCUGGAGGCUGGGAUCUGCCGGUGCGUAAGCUGCCGCGGUGUCCUGUUCAGGAGGAGAGGAUAGGGGAGGACGGCAGGAUGAAGUACACCUACCUGAAAGACGGAGACGUCAUCGACACAGAAGGCGCCACGCUGAAGUGAGUUAAGGCACCAAUAGACAAA